AUGGCCAUCAGCAUUGAGGAGCUCGACACCACCGUCCGCGCCUUUUACGAAGGUCGCGGCGAUCAGCAAAAAGCCGCGCAGAAUGCCUUGAACCAGUUCAAGGAAGACCCCGAUGCCUGGCUCAUGGUCGACAAAAUUCUCUCUGACGCCCAGUACCCGCAGACGAAAUAUCUCGGCCUCCAGGUUCUUGACAAUGUUAUCCUGACGCGAUGGAAGGUUUUGCCCCGCGACCAGUGCCAGGGCAUCCGCAACUUCAUUGUCCAGUUCAUCAUCCAGUCCUCCAACACCGAGGAGUCUCUGCAAUCCAACAAGACCCUCCUUAACAAGCUCAACCUCGUUCUUGUUUCCGUCCUAAAGCAAGAAUGGCCCCACAACUGGCCGACGUUUAUCAACGAAAUCAUCUCGUCGUGCCACUCUAGCCUGUCGAUUUGCGAAAAUAACAUGAUUAUUCUGCGUCUGCUGUCCGAGGAAGUUUUUGACUACUCUGCCGAGCAGAUGACCUCGGCCAAGACGAGAAGCAUGAAGCAGACCAUGUGCGCCGAGUUUUCUCAGAUUUUCCAGCUCUGCCAGGAAGUUCUUAACACGGCCGACCAGCCGAGCCUCAUCAUGGCUACACUCGAGACGUUGCUCGCCUUUUGCAACUGGAUUCCGCUCGGCUAUAUCUUCGAGACGCCCCUCAUCGACACCCUGCGAACUCGCUUCCUGCCGACACCCGAAUUCCGAAAUGUCACCUUGCAGUGCCUGACUGAGAUUGGUGGUCUACAAACUGGUGGCCCUGGCCAACCCAACUCAUACGACGAACAGCUUGUCAAGAUGUUCACUGAAGUCCUGACAACCAUUGCCGAAAUCAUCCCCAUGAACCUCGAUUUAAAGUCCACAUACCCUAGCAGCAACUCGCGUGAUCAGCAAUUUAUACAGAACCUCGCUCUGUUCCUCUGCAACUUUUUUGGAGCCCAUCUCAAUCUCAUUGAGAACCUUCCCAACCGCGAUUUUCUGUUGCAUGGACACUACUACCUCGUCAGAAUAUCACAGAUCGACGAUCGCGAAAUUUUCAAAAUCUGCCUCGACUACUGGCUGAAGCUUGUCCAGGAGCUCUACGAGGAAAUGCAGCAGCUGCCCAUCACUGAUCUGAACCCUUUGCUUGCUGUCGGUGGUGGCAUUUCUGGCGGCGGCGCUCCCAACCCCUCGCUGCUCACAAGCUAUCCUCUCCGCAAACACAAGUACAACGAAGUGCUGUCGAACCUGCGCGUUGUCAUGAUUGAAAAGAUGGUUCGUCCGGAGGAGGUCCUGAUUGUGGAAAACGACGAAGGUGAAAUCGUUCGCGAGUUCGUCAAGGAAAGUGACACUGUUCAACUAUACAAGACAAUUCGCGAAUGUCUCGUCUACCUUACGCACUUGGACGUGGUUGACACCGAAAACAUUAUGACCGACAAGUUGGCGCAUCAGGUCGACGGCACCGAGUGGUCGUGGCACAACUGCAACGUUCUUUGCUGGGCCAUUGGCUCUAUUUCGCUUGCCAUGAAUGAAGAGACCGAGAAACGGUUCCUCGUUACCGUCAUUAAGGACCUCCUUGGCCUGACUGAGAUGAAACGAGGCAAAGACAACAAAGCUGUUGUCGCCAGUAAUAUCAUGUACAUUGUUGGCCAGUACCCUCGAUUCCUCAAGGCGCACUGGAAGUUCCUCAAGACGGUUGUUAACAAGUUGUUUGAGUUUAUGCAUGAAUCUCACGAGGGCGUUCAGGACAUGGCCUGUGAUACGUUCAUCAAGAUUGCACGACAGUGCAGAAGACACUUUGUUGCUCUCCAGCCCAUGGAACAGGAGCCAUUCAUCGAAGAGAUUGUCCGUAACAUGGGCCGCAUCACCUGUGAUUUGACUCCCCAGCAAGUGCACACGUUCUACGAGGCCUGUGGCUACAUGGUUGCGGCUCAAGGUAACCAACACCAGCAGGAGCGUCUCCUUGCCGACUUGAUGAGCAUUCCCAACGCCGCCUGGGACGAGAUUAUCAAGCAGGCUACCUUGAACCCCUCGAUUCUCCAGGACUCGGAGACCAUCAAAGUCAUCGGCAACAUCAUGAAGACGAACGUAUCGGCAUGCACGUCUAUCGGACCAUACUUUUACCCGCAGAUUGGCCGCAUUUACCACGAUAUGCUCCAGAUGUACCGUGCCACGAGUACCUUGAUAUCAGAAUCUGUCCAGCGUGAUGGAGAGCUAGCUACCAAGAUGCCUAAGGUUCGCGGCCUGCGCACUAUCAAGAAGGAGAUUCUCAAGCUCGUCGAAACGUAUAUCGACAAGGCCGAGGACCUGCAAGCCGUCCGUACCCAGAUGAUCCCCCCGCUGCUUGACUCUGUCCUGAUCGACUACAACCGCAAUGUCCCUGGUGCUCGCGAUGCCGAAGUGCUCAAGGCCAUGUCUGUUGUCAUUACCAAGCUGUCAAACCUGAUGGAGGACCAGGUCCCCACCAUCAUGGAGAACGUCUUUGAGUGCACUCUGGAAAUGAUCAACAAGGACUUUUCCGAGUUCCCUGAGCACCGCGUCGAAUUCUUUAACCUUCUCCGUGCCAUCAACCUGCAUUGCUUCCCUGCUCUGCUCAAGCUCGACAACAACCAGUUCAAGUUUGUGAUUGACUCUUGCUCCUGGGCAUUCAAGCACGACAACCGCGAUGUGGAGGCUGCCGGUCUCAACAUGUGUCUAGAGCUCAUCACCAACAUCGCCGAAAAGACAGAUACCGCCACCGCGGAUGCUUUCUUCCAGCGCUUCUUUGUUACGAUUCUCCAGGAUGUUUUGUUCGUCGUCACCGACAAUGACCACAAGGCUGGCUUUAAGACACAGUCUAUGUUGCUGAUGAAGCUGUUCUACUACAUUCAACCAGGCGAUGGCAGUCAGCCCAAGAUUCAGGGCCCUAUCUACACCGAGGGCCAGGCUCAAGCGGGAACGAGCAACAGAGAGUUCUUGGGCACCUCGGUUUUCCAACUCCUACAGCGAGCAUUCCCCAACCUGCAAGCUGCUCAGAUUACCAACUUUGUCGAGGGCCUUUUUAGCCUAAACACGCAGUACGACAAGUUCCGCCUGAACCUGCGAGACUUUCUCAUUUCUCUCAAGGAGUUUGCUGGUGACAAUGCCGAGCUCUUCAUUGUGGAAAAGGAACAGCAAGAACGUGACGCCAAGGCUGCCGACAUGGAGAGACGACAAAAGGUUGGCGGUCUGCUGAAGCCGUCGGAGCUAGACGACGAAGAGUUGUGA